AAUUCAGAAUUUAUAAUCAAAUAAGACGAAUCCUCUCCACCUAUCUUCCACAUUUCAAUAUUUCAAUUCAUUUCCAAAACGAUAACAAUCUUCAACUUCAACUUCAAUGGCUGCCAGAAACAACCACACCGUCGAUGACCUAUUCUCAUCCUUCAACUCACCACCAGCAACUCCACAUCUCAAUUACGGUACAGAUCCCCCCAAUUUGAUCAGUUUCGAUGAUGACCUUGAACAACAAGAUUACGAUAACACCCCUACCACUAGCAGACCACUUAUGGUCUUCGAUCGCUUCUACGAUUCAUCAUCGGAAGACGGAAGUACCAAUACUACCGGCGGAGACAAUUCUCUAGUUAACGCCGCCGGAAACCGGUUAGAUUACAUGAUGCAGUAUCUAGACCGGAAGCUAUUGACGGAAAAUGAAGUCAAACAGGCGUUGCCGGAGUUUAUAGGCUCCGGUGGAGGUAGAGGGAUGUUUAGGUUACCUGUUAAGGCCGCCGUGCAUCCGAACCGGCCGCCGAGUCUUGAAUUCCGGCCGCAUCCGCUUAGGGAGACGCAGAUUGGGUGUUUUGUUAGGGUUUUGGAGGGGGCAGGGGAUGGGAGGCAGUUGUGGGGGGGAUGUGAGAGUGGGGUUAGGGUUUGGGAUAUGAAGGAUAUGUAUUGUGAAGGGGAGGAAGAGAGGGAGGUGGUGUUUUAUGAGUCGGUGAGGACGUCGCCGACGUUAUCUUUGGUGGUGGAUGAUGGGAAUAAGGCGGUGUGGAGUGGGCAUAAGGAUGGGAGGAUUAGGUGUUGGAGAAUGGAUCAGUGUUUUGAUGAUUAUGAUGUUCCGUUUAAACCGUAUAUUUCGUGGCAGGCGCAUCGUGGACCGGUUCUUUCGCUGGUUAUUUCGUCUUAUGGUGACCUAUGGUCUGGAUCCGAGGGUGGUGCAAUAACUGUCUGGCCAUGGGAAACUCUAGAAAAGGCUUUCUUAUUGCCAAAAGAAGAAAAAAACUUGGCAUCCCGGGACAUUGAGAAAUCAUACAUUGAUCUCAAGAACCAAGUUGCUGCGAAUGGCAUAUCUUGUAGCAUACUUUCAGCAGAUGUUAAAUAUUUGUUAUCUGAUCGUUCUGCUGCAAAAGUUUGGAGUGCGGGCCCUCUGGCAUUUGCAUUAUGGGAUGCAUACACAAGAGAGUUGUUGAAAGUUUUCAAUAUCGAUGGACUGGCUGAAAAUCUGACUGUAAUACAAGAUCUGACAGCAGAAGAGGAAGCAAAGAUGAAAUUUGCAUCUAAUACUAAGAAAGAUAAGUUACCAAGCUCAAUGAGUUUCUUUCAGCGUUCACGUAACGCAUUAAUGGGAGCAGCCGAUGCUGUACUUCGAGUUGCAGCAAAAGGAGCGUACGGUGACGAUAGCCGAAGAAUCGAAGCAUUAAUCACAACAGCUGACGGAACGAUUUGGACUGGAUCUGCAUCUGGAUUAAUUGUGAAGUGGGAUGCAAAUGGAAACCGUCUGCAAGAUUUCCAGCAUCAUCCCUAUGCCAUUCGUUGCUUAUGUACAUUCGGGUUACGCGUAUGGGUCGGGUAUGCAAGCGGAACGCUACAAGUAUUGGAUCUUGAUGGUAAUAUACUUGGAGAGUGGGUUGCUCAUGGCAGUCCUAUCAUCGAUAUGGCUGUAGGGCCUGGUUAUAUCUUUACAUUGGCUAAUGACGGUGGCAUACGUGGAUGGAGUAUAUUGACACCUGGAGCGUUAGAUAAAAUAUUUAGUUCAGAGUUGUCUGACAGAGAAUUAUUAUACACAAGGCUUGAAAACUUUAAAAUUUUGGCUGGUACAUGGAACGUUGCCCAAGGAAGAGCCACACACGAUUCACUUGUAUCGUGGUUGGGUUCUGCAGCCAAAGAUGUCGAUAUCGUUGCUGUCGGAUUGCAGGAGGUUGAAAUGGGUGCUGGGUUUCUUGCAAUGUCUGCUGCUAGAGAAACCAUGCAGGUGGGUCUUGAGGGAAGUUCUGCGGGCCAGUGGUGGCUAGACAUGAUUGGGAGAACCUUGGACGAAGGUUCUAGUUUUCACCGUGUUGGUUCUAGACAGCUGGCAGGCAUGCUUAUUGGUGUGUGGGUCAGAUAUAAUAUUAGAGGUCAUGUUGGAGAUAUUGAUGUUGCAGCAGUUCCAUGUGGAUUCGGAAAUGCUAUCGGUAACAAGGGAGCAGUUGGUUUGAGGAUGCGAAUCUACGGGCGGAUUAUAUGUUUUGUGAACUGUCACUUUGCUGCACAUCUGGAAGCUGUUAACCGCCGUAACGCCGAUUUUGAUCAUGUUUAUAAGACAAUGUCCUUUAAUCGGUCUUCUAAUCUUGUGAACGCAUCUUCCGGUAUGCUGCCGUACCUUUUUUUAUCUUGCUUCCUUGCCACCUCAUCUUAUUCACUUUGGAUUCUCUCUGGUUCUCCUUUGGUGUCCGCCUUACUUUUUGCAGCUGCAGUCUCAUCCGCUAUCCAAACGACCCGUCUCGAAAACGCUAUGGGUAGCCUAUCAGUGAAUGAGUUGCCAGAGUUAUCCGAGGCAGACAUGAUUGUCUUUUUAGGCGACUUCAAUUAUCGGCUUGAUGACAUUUCUUACGAUGAAGCACGGGAUUUUAUCUCUCAAAGAAGUUUCGAUUGGCUUAGAGAGAAAGAUCAGCUUCAUAUCGAAAUGAAAGCUGGAACUGUAUUUCAAGGAAUGCGUGAAGCCGUUAUUACGUUCCCACCCACUUAUAAGUUUGAACGACAUCAACCUGGUUUAGCAGGGUAUGAUUCUGGAGAGAAAAAGCGGAUUCCUGCAUGGUGUGACCGAGUCUUGUAUCGUGACAACCGUCCAGAUUCAUCAGAUAUAUGCAGUUUAAACUGUCCUGUAGUUUCUUCAGUUUUGCAAUAUGAAGCGUGCAUGGAUGUGACUGAUAGUGAUCAUAAGCCCGUGCGUUGCAUCUUUAGCGUGGAGCUGGCUCGAGUAGACGAACCGAAAAGAAGAAAACUUUUUGGAGAAAUCAUGACAUCUAAUAACAAAGUUAGGCGUAUUCUUGAAGAAGAAUGCAAAUUUCCGGAAGCUAUUCUCAGCACAAACAAUAUAAUUCUUCAGGACAAUGAUACAUCAGUCUUGCGGAUCACCAAUAAAAGCGGAGAAGACAAGGCUUUAUUUAAAGUAAUAUGUGAAGGUCAGUGUAAUAUUAAAGACGGAAAACAAGCAUCCAGUCACCACCCACGCGGUUCUUACGGGUUUCCACGAUGGCUCGAGGUGAAGCCGACGGUUGGUAUCAUAGAGCCAAAUCAUAUUGUGGAGAUUUCGGUUCAUCACCAAGGAUAUGAAACCCUAAAUGAAUACGUAGAUGGUGUUCCUCAAAACAGUUGGUGUGAAGAUGUACGUGGUAUGGAGGUUAUGUUGGUGGUUGAAGUGAGGGGGAGUUGUACAACCGAGAGGAAGUGUCAUAGAGUUCGUGUGCGUCAUAACCAAAGCUUGUCGGACAGGCAUAUGCCUAUGGAGCAGAGAGCUGACGACUCAACUCGUGACCAUGCUAGUGUACUUCACAGGUCUGAUAUCAGGUGGUUGACUGGUUCGCGUGAUGUUGUUGACCAUAUACGUGAUCUGCAUACCCCUUGAAGUUGCUCGCUAGAUGAGGUGAUCGUCUUCUUGAUAUUGGUUUAUACCCAUUUUGACAAGAGAAACUGAUUCUAAUGCAUAUUGAGAUUUUUCAUUUUUUUUUGCUUAUGAAUACAUUGAAGGACUUGUACAUAAGGUUUUUACAAUCUCAUAUAUUAAGAUCAUAAUGCCAAAUAUUUGUGUGAGAACCGAAGGACUGUAAACAAAUUGACUUUCAAAAUUGAUCCUUCGUUUGGACUGAA